ACAUUUUCUAAUUAUUUCAUAAAUUUAAACAAGCCAAUAUUUAAACAAAUAGUUUAUACAAGAAAUUAAAAAACAAAAGUUUAAUAAUUAAAAACACUAACUACUAAAAGAAAAUCAAUAAGACUUUAAUUAACGUCCAUGGUAAUUUAAGUGAUGAAAUAUAUAUUCUAAAAUCCCUCAAGUGACUUAUGGGAGUAACUAUGACAACAUUGUGCAUUGGUGGGUGUCAUAAAUAAUAGCAAUUUUCUACUUAAAUCCAUUAUUUUGGCUAGCUAAAUGAUAUAAACUCGUUAAGACAACGACAGCACACAACAGAAUCUCAAAAUGUUAUUUUUAGACAAAGUUUUACCUCUAAUAUUUGUGUAUAUCAGGCCAUUUAUCAAAUGGUUCCUGCACACCUUUACCCGCUUAUGUGAACUGCAGCGUAUCUGCUAUGGAGCCCAAGCUGGUGCUAGCCGCACCAAACAGGUGGAGAGAUCUUUAUUGCUCUCCAAAAAAUUGGAAAUUAAACAAAUGCUGAGAGAAUUAGAUGAAGCUGCCGAACAUUGUAUUGAGGAGGAAUUGAGACGUUUUCCUUCGCAAGCCAUAGCUGUGGUGCAGAGAGUAAAACAUAUUAAAUCGCGCAUACAUCCAGAUUUUAGUGCCUUAUUUGGAGCUUGUGUUUUGCAAAUAUGGAGCUAUAAGCAUUUAAUGCAUGAAGUAGAGCGUUUGAGAUCCGAACCCUACGAUUCGGAUAAUUUGGAUCACGAGCAAAAGUUGCUGGAACUGUGGAAAAAUCUUAUGCCGGAACAGCCUUUGGAUGGUAGGAUUUCGAAACAGUGGCAGGAAAUCGGAUUUCAGGGCGACGAUCCCAAAACCGAUUUCCGUGGCAUGGGCAUGUUGGGUCUCGAAAAUCUCCUGUAUUUUGCCCGUGAAUACAAAGAAGCCGCCCAGCAUGUUUUAUUGCACUCCAUGCAUCCCACAUUGGGCUAUACAUUUGCCAUUGUAGGCAUAAAUCUCACUGCUAUGGCAUAUCGUCUACUCAAAAACGGCGAUGCCAAAACCCAUUUUUACAAUGUGGCCCAAUCGACCAAAAAACCCUGCUCUCUGGUCCAUUUCCACAAAUUCUAUUGUUACUUAUUGUUCGAAUUCGAUCGUUUUUGGUUGGAAUCGGAGCCAGCGGAUAUUAUGGAUUUCCGUGAAAUCUACCAAAGUUUUGAAAUCACAAUUAUGGAGGCUUUACAACGAGAUAACACAUUGUUUAAAACCAAUCUGGUGGUGGAGGAGGUUUAGUAUAAUACGUUAUACUUUGUAUAAUACAAAGUAAAUUGAAAUUUUAAUUGUAAAAUAAAAAAAAAAUUGAAAAUUGAGUGAAUUAAAAGCAAUUGUGUAAAGUAAUUAGUAAAGUGAAUAUUUUGUAUAAUAGAUUUUUUUGCUAAUAUAAAUUGAUAAAAGAUAAAUGAAUUAAUGUAAUAUUUUGAAUAUUUUAAUAAAAUUAGAAAAAGAAUAAAAUAAGCUUUAUGUCUAAAAAUAUAAUUAUUGAAAAAUUUUGAAUAAAAAUGCACUCUGUGUUAAUUAGAAAUGUAAUAAAA